UGUAAUCCCAUCAAGGAAUGGGUUGUUCUGUUUGCAAGUUUGUUCCACCAAACCCUGGAGAUUCUAGGAAAUUUAUUUCUAACAAAAAUAACAAUAUAUGGAUUACACCAGUUACGCAUACAAUUUUAGGUGUACCUGAAUCUCCAUCUAGUAAUUUUAAUUUUCAUCAUCAAGCUUUUUCACAAAAUAAAAGUGGGAAAAGUGUACUCCUCCGGUCAUUAACAGAAGCAAAUCUACAAUUACAACCGUAUAGAAGGGAGGAAAAUACUAGUAAUCAAAGAUUGGAUAAUAUUUCUGCACCAGGAGUGGAUCGUAAUUUACAUAAAUCUUUCUCAACUGAUUUAUCGACUCCGUUACCUGAACCAGCUUUUGCAACUAGUACAGUUAUUGAAAAGCCAAAGAAAACGGAAGUAGAAUGGAGACCGAUUUCAGAUGUUGCAGGAUCAAGUAGACCUAUUAGAAACAACAAUCAUAGCUGUAUUCCAACAUUCUGUAGUUUAAAAUCCGGUCCUAUAGUUGAAGCACAAAUGUUUGUAAGCCGAGAUGAAAAAGGCGUUGCACGCUUAGUCAAUAAGCAUGUAAUACACCAUCCGAAUUCAUCAAAAAGUUCUGUAGAAGGGGAAAUAUGCAUUGAAAUAACGCAUAAAACACCUAUCAAUGCCAUUUCAACAGGAAAAGGAGCUUCUAUAGCCGAAGGAAUGCCUAUAUACUCAUCAUGUCUACCCAAUCCACAAAUACUUGACCAGUUACCGAAAAAAUAUGAAACACCUAAGAAUGAAUUAAUUCAAGUUCGUGAUGAUAUAAAACCUAGGCGUUCUAAACCUAAGUGUUCAUGGAGAUGUGCAAAGUUGUCACCUCAUUCCCUGCGACCUUCUAAAUGUGGUCACUCAAAGCCUUGUACAAAAAGGCAGUGUUGUCUCAUGACUCCAUGUUGUAGAAGUUCAGCUGUAGACGAUAAGCCAUGCUGUAAAAAGAAAGAGAAGAAAACAUCUUCUCCGAAAGCUAAAAAGUUUGCAUUGUUUAAAAGAAGUCCUCAAAAUAAAUCACCCUAUUCUUAUGGACAAUUACCAAACGUUGAUAAUUUACGAAAUAAGUGCCACUGUGAAGAUGGUGAACUGAUCGAAUACUUAAAACAACUGGAAAAUAUAGUUCUAACAAGACAAAAAAAUCCAAAUCAUAUUUCAUUGUCAUCAACAGUGGAAUUGCUGAGUGUUAAACGUCCACCGACAUCAUCCUCAUCACCACCACCACAGUCAACAACACCACCAAGACGAGAAAUUACAAAUUAUGAUUCCACGGAUAACAUACAACAACAAGAACAACGACACAACGCUAGUAAUUUACAAGUGGAGAACAGAGAAACCGAUUUAACGUUAAAUAAUCAGCUAAUUCAUCCUAAAACAAGUUCUGUAGGAGAAAAGUCAAAUUCAUCUGACUAUUUAGAUGAGGAAAAUAGUAGUCAAUGCAAUGUGUGUGAUGAACAGCUAAAUGAGAAUUUACAACUUGAACAGACUAAUACGAUCCAACAGACAAAAUUGAAUUAUCCUCAAAAUGAUCAAAAUCCAGAUAGUAUACCUCGAAAAGGCUAUAUUCCACAAAAUUCUUGUAAUCGUUAUACUCAUCGCCGUCCUAAUGAUUAUUUAUAUCCUCAUCACCUUCAUAAUCAUCCUCAUCAGCAUCAUCAUCAUCAUCGCCAUUGUUAUCACAACCAUAACCACCACCAACAACUUCAUCGUCAUAAUCACACUUUUCACACUCCAUUCACAUCGACCAAUUUAAAUUUACCGGUAAUUGAUCAAAAACAGAAAAUAAUUAAAACAAUGAAAGAAAAACUACAGACAAAUAAAGGAAGUACUUCUUUGAAUUUACCAAGACUGCAUAAAUCUUAAUAUGUGUGUGGAAAAUUCAAAAAAAAAUAGGUCGAAAGUAUUCAAAUACACCUGGAAUAGUGCAAAAU